AUGGGUUGUGUUAAGAGUUUUCCCUGUGCACAUCCAUUUCAUACAGCUGGAGAGGAGCAGCACAAGGCUGCAUUGAAAGAAUGGGCCCUGAAGAAGAGCAAUUGGCAUAAAGCCAAUAAAGAUGUUGAUCUGACCAACUUUAAUCAGGAGAAUCUCCACCCCUGCCCCCCUGUUCAAAAUUGGAAGGCCAGCACUCAUAUGUGCCAUCAAGAAAAUCCACCACUUCCAGAGCUCUACCAAGCUAAUCUUGCUGGUGGCCCUGUUCCAGUGAUUGGACAUGAAUAUCACUGGCAACAUACUGCCAUUGAGUCACUUCAGAAGACAGCUGAAGCAAUCUUGUAUGCUCUGUUUGAGUACUCUGUUAUGGCAAUGGCACACUAUAAGCACAUUACAGUCAACACCAACAAUAUGAAGCUUGUUCUUGGCAUUGGUGCCAAAAUUAGGUCAAACUAUUUCAGCCUGAUUGAUGCACCUGAUCACUCUGCCUCUGCUGCCACCACCCACUGCCUGCAUGCUGCCCCCACCCUGCCAACUACUGCUGCCACCACUCCACCACCACUGCCACCACCCACCACUGCCUCCCUGCCUCCCCCCAGCACCAUCAGGGUCUCCACCUGUCAAAUGGCAGGUAUUAGAGCCCCUGUCUGGUUCACAAAGCCAGUUCUGGAGGAGCAGGAGGAGGAGAAGAAGGAGGAGGAGGAGGGGGAGAAGAAGAAUGAUAAUGAUGAUGAAGAUGAUGAUAAUGAUGAUUAA